UACAAGUCAGAAUAGAAAAUCAAAACCCUAAGGCGGCUCGUUUGCAAAACCAAAACUCUCUUCGAUCUCUUUCUCUAUGUGGUGCCGCUGGGAGAGGCGGUGUUUUGAAGAGGGGGGAAUCUUACAAAUAUGGCUCCAUUAAGGAAUUUGACUGCAAAUAUUAUAAUGAUGGUUCUUCUAUGGUGGAAGCUUCACCUGCCUCUAGUUCUCAUGGUGGUGAAGCUUUGCUUCGGGCAGAGAAGAGGAGGAAAGUUUCUCCUAAUGCAUGGGACAUGGGAGAGAGCGAAGUGAGAGUUUCUUCGAAAAACAGGGUCACCCAGGUUGUGGGUCUGCCUCCUACUACUCCAUCUCCGGCUGAUUCGUCUUUCGUGCUGCCGGGAGAGCAGUCAGGUGAUGGUGAUACAGAUGCGGAUUGCUUCGAGGGAAACAAGGUGCAGGGAUGGAACAUUGCAAUGUCGAGGUGGGCUUCUGCUGAUUUUUCACCAGUUGAUGCAUCUUAUGAUGAGGACAAGGAUGGUAAAGUGAGCUUAACAACUGAAAGUGGUGAGAUCCUAGAAGGAAGCUCGGGUGGGAAAGUUAGUAGAUCAACUGGGAGUAGUGAAAGAGGUAAGUUUGACCUUUCUUCUGAUGAUGAUACUGACACUGAAGAGGAUAAUAUUGUUGAUUCCAUUGAGGAGGAGGAUGAGGAACAAGGUAAAACUGCUUAUAGUUUGGUGUCGGAUUCUGAUGAAAAUCUUGGAGGUUGCAGGAAGGUGGAGAGGAAUAUAAACAUGCUCAACAGCUGCAGAAGUGUGUUUGAGUUUGAAAUGAUUAAGAAGAUAAAUGAAGGAACUUAUGGCGUUGUCUACAAAGCUAAGGAUAAGAAGACCGGGGAAAUAGUUGCAUUGAAGAAGGUGAAGAUGAACAUAGAUAAGGAAGGCUUUCCUUUGACAUCCUUGAGGGAAAUGAACAUUCUUUUGUCCUUUAAUCACCCGUCCAUUGUAGAUGUUAAAGAAGUAGUAGUUGAUGAUUUUGACGGUGUUUUUAUGGUAAUGGAGUAUAUGGAGCAUGACCUUAAGGGGCUGAUGGAUGAUAUGAAGCAGCCUUUUAGUAUAGGUGAAAUAAAAUCGUUGAUGUGGCAACUUCUUCAAGGUGUUGACUAUCUUCACGAUAAUUGGGUUCUUCACAGAGAUUUGAAGUCUUCAAACAUUCUGCUGAACAACAAAGGAGAACUGAAAAUAUGUGAUUUUGGAUUGUCUCGCCAGUAUGGGAGCCCACCGAAGCCGUAUACGCCUCUUGUGGUUACUCUACGUUACAGAGCACCUGAGCUUUUGUUAGGUUCUAAAGAAUACUCCACAGCAAUUGACAUGUGGUCUGUUGGUUGCAUAAUGGCCGAAUUAGUUGCCAGAGAGCCUCUUUUCAAGGGUAAAAAUGAAGUUGAACAACUUGAUCAGAUUUUUCGAACUCUGGGUACCCCAGAUGAGAAUAUUUGGCCCGGAUUAUCCAAAUUGCCUGGGUCUAAAGCAAAAUUUGUGAGGCAACCGUAUAAUAUGCUCCGGAAGAAGUUCCCAGUCGCAUCUUUUACUGGUCAGCCAGUUUUAUCAGAGUCAGGAUUUGACUUGUUGAGCAGGCUUCUAACUUAUGACCCUGAAAAGAGGAUAACAGCUAAAGAUGCUCUCCUUCAUGAUUGGUUCCAUGAAGCCCCUCUUUCUAAUUCUGAUUUCAAGCCUAUUUCCCCUUUUCGUUGCUAGGACAGGUACUUCUGCUCGAAGCAAUGGAACUUUACAGGAACAAUUCAAUUUUUAUGUUCAUUAUUCCCAAAAAAAGGCUCAUGAUGUAUGAUGUGAUUUCCAAGGACAGUGUCUUGCACUUCAGUAGGUGCUGAUUUUUACCGUUAGAAGCAGCUGCUUGAUACAUAGUCACCUGACAAGGUGUGGCUUUGUAACUGUUUUUCUUUUCUUUUUUUUUUCCCUCACUUUUACAAAUUUCUCUCGACUGAGUUUAAAGCACACUAUCUCUCAGUAUUCUGCAUUUGCUAAAGUAUGUACAUAUAUUUCAGGAUUCUCAAUAAUAAAUGAUGAAUUUCUUCUUGUGGUAAUAUUCAUUACCUUUGCAUUCCUUUCCCUUUUGAUUAUCAUGUCUUGUGCUGUGAUGUAAAAGAUUCACUAUUAAUUACAUCAAGUAUUGUUAUUUCUUUUGGUGUGAUAGUGUUCAUGCAUAUUAUUGUGUUGGUUUUGUUUUAGAUUGGUCAUAUGUAAAUUAUGAGCCAAGAUGAACACAAUGGAAUACAUGUAGUCUGGCUCCGCGUCCUGAAUCUUGGACUCUCCACUUGCUUCUACAUUUGCCAGGUUCUCGUGUAUAUUUAUAAGUGUAUUUUCUUAACCCCUCUUUUUUUUUGUGUUAUCUCCUCUGUUCUUAGUUGCACACCUUUCAAAGGUUGACUUAGUAAGGUGAGGUUUUUUAUUUUUUGGCUUUUGGGGUUGAUGUGGGGAGGCUAUGACGCUAUGUUCUUUUCUCAUUUUAUUCCCCCAAUAUCAUUUCUUAAUUCAUAGUAGAGGUGUAACAUGGCUUGGUGCUUAGCCUUCAGUACUGCUCUACUGGCUGUGGGGGAUUCGUAUUUAUUGCUUUCAGUGCUCCCCAAGGUAUGGAGUUUGGUUUUAAUUGAAGCUAUUAGUUUUGCCUGAUUUGCUCCUGGCCACUUGGUCAGUAAUGAAAUUUCGUAGAGAGUCACUGUUAUAAUUUAUGUUGUGCAAAUUACCACGUUUUAUCCCAAGGAAAUCUCAACUUCAUUUAAUUUUAUUUUUGGACGUUAUUCUCUGCAGACACAAGUAAACUGUCAUGGCAUCAUUUGCCCGCAGGUAGUUUAUUGUUGUGUUUGAUCAUGAUAAAGUAUUUUGAUAUUGAGCCUUGUAUAGAUCAAAACUAAGCAUGCAGAGUCUGGUUGAGGGAAGUUUGGUGUUGCAUGAGCCAACAAAACAGUGGACUUGUAUGGGUUUCUCGGCAGACAUUCUCGUAUAAGUAAACAUGCACGUUUACACACAUGAAACUGAAAUGGUUAAUCUAAUGAUUAACUUCGUUUGCUUUUGUUUUAGCUUUAGACUAUUAUUUUAACUAGGGAAGGAGGAAGAUGAAGAGGAUUUAGUGGCUGAAGCAAAAGAAGCAAACAGGUUGAAACUUUGUCCGUCUCUGAUGAUGGCUUUCUAUUGACUCCAUUUUUCUAGUUCUUACAAUUCUGUGUAGAAAUCCCUUGCAAAUAUUUAUUUAUCUUUUCUGUGUUCGUAUAAAAGUAUAAAACAAGUUUUUGCAUUCUCUAGAAUAGCUUGACAUGUAUUGUGGCUAGCAGACACGCAUAGUUUUGUUGUAUAAAGAUUUAUUACCCGAUAGGGAUUUUUAAAUUCAUCUAGUGUAUAAUUGUUUUCUUUUUCAAAGAAAAUGACCUGGCAUAAAACGCAAUUCUGUUCUCUAACCAUUAUGAAGCAAGUCCCAACCCCCUUUUUUGUGUUUAAUUUCCAUUGAUAUUUCUUGCCGGAUUUAUCUUCUCUCCUUCAUGAGAUGAAGAGUUAGCUGUCAGCACAAGCAGUCCCAUACUCCCAUUGUAACCACAAUUAUUUUCAUUUCUCUUUUUGCCUAACUACCAUCUAUGGUUGACAUUUGACAUGUGACUAUGUUGUACAAAACCAAGUCUUUGUAGAUAUGUAAAAAGUAGAAAUUCACCUGUA